GUGCAGUACUUUUUGAUGGUCAUAACCAUAAAUACUGUGUUUGAUUGUUGUCCAGGUCAGGCCGCAAGGCAGGUGAGGCAUGGAUCCUCUGAGGCCUCAAACUUCCACGUCAAAUACGGCAAUGGGUUGAUUGUCGGUGGAGCGGUCUUCUGCACAGCUGUGUGGUCAUACGUGCUGACUCAGACUGGCAUCACCUGGAAUCUGUCGCCUAUUGGGAAGGUGAUGCCCAAAGAGUGGAGAGAGCCCGAGUCUGAGGAGUAAAGAGGCGCCAUGACAAACCAAUCUCUCACCUCCUAAUAAACUUUCUGGUUGUACAGAUGAAUGACAAUUAUCUGCAUGUUCCGACAGCAGAUGCCUGUGUUUAUUCCAACAUGUUACUUUGUCCAAAUAAAUUAAGUAUGAUUCUA